CCGUCGGUGAAACCUUUUUUUUUCACUUGUUUGUCAACAAAACCCGCUCGUCGUCGCUCGUGCUCACUCGUUGAUUUCCGCUCACCGUCGAUAGUGAAACAUGGCGAACGUCUCCUUACGAAACUCCGCGUCCUUGCUGUUAUUAUUUAGCAGAAGGUUGCUCAGACCGGAGCUAAACGCUGUCUGCUUUUACCACAAAAAGGUGGUGGACCACUACGAAAAUCCAAGAAACGUGGGCUCCCUGGACAAAAACUCCAAGAAUGUGGGGACUGGAUUGGUGGGUGCACCAGCAUGUGGAGAUGUAAUGAAACUACAGAUCGAGGUGGAUGAAAAUGGAAAGAUAGUGGAUGCUAAAUUCAAAACAUUUGGCUGCGGAUCAGCUAUCGCCUCCAGCUCUCUAGCAACAGAGUGGGUGAAGGGGAAGACAGUUGACGAUGCUCUGAAGAUCAAGAACACAGACAUUGCCAAAGAACUCUGCCUUCCUCCAGUCAAGCUUCACUGCUCCAUGCUUGCAGAAGAUGCCAUAAAAGCAGCGCUGUCAGACUACAGACUAAAACAGCAAGACAAGAAGGAGGAACGAGUCAAAGCCAUCAAUUAAUAUGUUGUAUCCAUUACUGGGUAUUUGGCUUUGAUAUAUCGGCUCCAGCUAAUGUCUCAGAGCAGCACAGUGCUGUGUGGAAGAUGACUUACCGUAGUGCUACAUCAGGUCUCACAUCCUUCUGGGAUGAGUUCUUCGAGCUUUAAACAUGUCAUAGAUCUCCACGGCUGUGGGUCAGUGUCUUGAAUUGAAGCAGUGAUUCCCAUAUUAAAAGUGCCCGAUAUUAACAGUGUUUAGGUUUUCAUUAGUUUUUCAUUAUGUGAUUAGAAAUGUUGAAUUGAUGCUGAUUCUGGAGUUGGAAUUUUUUGGUGAAUAUUUUCAUUGUCAGGGGAGCUUCACAUUUUUCUUAAUUUGCACAAUCAUUGUAUACACAGGACAUAAAGGAGAUCUUCAAUGAAGCAGGAAUAAUGGGAUUUGAGGUGUGGUGAUUUUUUUUGUAUACUGUUUUUGGCUUUGCGGUUUUAUUUGGCUUGAUUGUAUAAAAUCCCUCAUGAUGAAUUGAGCAUGAGCAACAGAUAGGUCAGCAACUAAAUACAAAAAAGCAAUACAGAAAAUGGUUUGCUUACUGUGAAAUAAAUGAUUUAUAAACAA